AUGAAAGCAAUAUCAGAGUGUUUUUCUGAAAAUAUAUUAGCUUGGAAAAUAUUCGGAAUAUGGUUUGGAAAUAACCCAAAUAAAUAUUAUAAAUAUUACUCUUUUAUAUUCCUUAAUUUAACUUUAACGAUAUUUAAUUUAUUACUGACGAUAAAUCUAUUCUAUACUUAUAAUCAAAUUGAAAAUUUACUCCAUGAAGUCAUUUACAUUUUUACUGAAAUAACUGUAGUAGCUAAAGUUUGUAUGGUUUUAUUUUGGAGGAAAAAAAUAAUACUGGCAUUUGCUAUUCUUGAUUCUGAAGAAUUUGAAGGUAUCGAUAAGAUAUCCAAAGAGAUAAUAGAAAAUGACGUAUUAAAAUACAAAAACAUCAUGAAAUUUUAUAUUGUCUUUUGUAAUUUGUCAUACUGUUUAGCAAUACUACCGGGUUUUGUUGAUUAUUUGCUAGGAAAUAAUUCUGAAUUUCCUAUAUCUAGAUAUAAUUUUCUUAGUUAUGAAAUUAAAAAGCAAUUUUAUAUAUAUUUAUAUUUAUAUCAAAGCUUUUGUAUUUAUGGACAUAUGGUUUAUAACGUUUCUAUAGAUACGUUAAUAACUGGCUUUAUUCAUUUAACAAUCAAUCAAUUAAAGGUACUUAAAUAUAAGUUGAAAAGAUUAAAUUUAAAACAUUUUGAUGUUAUUGUAAGAUAUCAAGCUAUCGUGCAAGAAAUAACAAGUGUCACAUUAUUCAUAAUCUUUGGAAUGGGAUCUGCAAUUAUUUGCGUCACAUUAUGUGGAUUUCAUUUGGUUAGUAGCACUGAUGUCAACUCGUUAUUAUUUAUUUUCACGUACCUAAUAGCCAUGGUGUUGAUUAUAUUUGUACCGUCAUGGUUGGGCACUCAGCUUAUGCAUGAGAGUCAGGAAUUAGUUUCUGCAGCGUACAGUUCUGAUUGGAUGAACAGUUCUAAAGAGUUUAAAAGUAGCUUAAUUAUUUUUAUGGAGCGAACGAAAACACCAAUGUGUGUAGUCGGCAUGAAAAUGUUUCUGUUAUCUCUCAACACCUUUAUUACGAUAAUGAAAACUGCUUACUCUUUGUUUACUUUAAUAAGUAGAUUUAGGAAUAUGACAUAG